CGUACUGCCGAUGUCGUUGUCAACUAGAUCUUCCGUGGCCAUGAACGACGAACAGCCACCGAUUGAGAAGGAGAAGUUGACCGCUCAGGUGUACCCGAUUCCGUCACUUCCUGACGAUUUGCUAUUGAGUAUCUUCGCACGCGUCUCGAGAUUGGACUACCCGAUUCUCUCUCUCGUCUCCAAGAGCUUUCGAUCUCUCCUAGCUUCACCUCACCUUUACGAGACUAGAUCACUCUUAGGCCGCACCGAGAGUUGUCUCUAUGUGUGCUUAAAGCUCCCUCCUGACUUUAACACAACUUGGUUCACCCUCUGCCGGAGACCGGAUCAGACCCAUAAGCAGAAGAAGUCAAUGGGAAGAAAUCUUUUGGUUCCAUUCCCAUCUCUAGAAUCUCCUCCUGUGCACUCGUCCAAUCUCGUGGCGGUUGGCUCCAAAAUCUACAACAUUGGCGAGGAUGCAAAAUCUUCGUCUACCGUCUCGAUCCUGGACUGCAAGUCUCAUACUUGGUGUGAGGCUCCAAAAAUGCUGGUGGAGCGGUCUUAUCCAGUUUUCCAUGUUGUUGAUGGAAAGAUAUACGUAGCAGGAGGAUGUGAAGAAGAGUGCAAGUCCUCCAACUGGAUGGAGGUUUUCGACUCAAAAAAGCAAACUUGGGAGCUUGUGUCGUGCCCUCUUGUAGUGGGAUGGGUAAAUCAUAGACGCAAGAGCGCAGUAAUUGAUGGAAAUAUAUAUUUAUAUAACGUUCUUUAUUGUUACGCUAAAGGAAUCAUAUGGUACAACCCUAAGGUAGGAAUCUGGUUUGAAUUGAAGAGUUUUAUAGGACUACCCAAAUUUGAUGAUCAUGUUGGUGUCAAAGUCAAAAUGGCUGAAUAUGGUGGAAAGAUGGUUAUCUUUUGGGACAAGUAUCUUCCUUCUAGUGGCUAUAAGAAUAAGGUGAUUUGGUGUGCAGUGAUUGCAUUUGAAAAACGCGACAACAACAGUCAAGAUAUUUGGGGGAGUCGAGAGAUUUUGGGGAAGGUUGAGUGGUUUGAUGCAGGCUUACAGUCCCCGAAAAAUAUAAAUUCGUGUCUGCUCUUUCUGCUACUGUUUGAUUAA